UCGCGUAUUCAUUCCCCUUCAAACUCCACGCAAAUCUCACUCGCUGUCACCAAUUCCCUCAACAGCUUUGACGUUUGUCUGACAUCCACGGUCCAACUGUUACCCACAAAACCAAAAACCCAAAAUCUCUUAAGGCCUAGCAUGCGCAGAGGCUUCGGAUCUUAGUUUAACGGAGGAGUUUCACGCAUCGGUACGAAGAAGAGUAUAUGGCGAGCCUCGCAGUUGUGUAGAAUACGUCGCCGAGAAUUGAGCAAUACAUGGUUGGGGUUUGCCAGGACGGUAACUAUUUUCGUUUCCACUGCGGGGUGUGUGUAUGGGUUUCCGGCGAAGGUUGAGCUGUGUUGCCGGGGGCGGUGUUUAGCAGCAAAGACUGAGCAAUGCGUGACGCUAUGGAAUGGCUGCUGGAGCAUGUAGAGUGGGUUUAAACUGGGGGUGUCUUCGUUGCGGGGUUUCCUGUGGUGGGGACGACCGGGGAGGGGAGUUUUUUUUUCUGUCUCAUGGAGAAUCAAGUGGUGUUUGGAGCGCUCGCAGCCUCGGCUGCAGCCGUGAAUGUGGCCCUGCAGUUCAUUUCGGGAGCUGUGAGCUUGACGGGGAGUAGUGUGGGUGGCGACACCGCUACCCAGAGCAGAGUAGGGAAAAGGAAACACGAGGAGGAGGAUGAUUCCUACAUGCCGGCCUUGAUUGCUUCCAUGGCAGACGAUGAGGCUAUCGCGCGUUUAGGAGACUACGUUUUGCAGUCCAGAACUGCGAAUUGGUGGGACGAGUUCUGUGCCUCGGACGAUAAUGACCCCGGGAAAUGGGUCUCGAAUUUUAGGGUUUCACAGUCGACCUUUGAAUAUAUCUGCUCACUAGUGAAACCCGAUCUGGAGUCGGCCACUCCGACCAAUUUCAUGAGCAUUGAAGGAAGGUUCAUACCCGUGCAGAAACAGGUGGCCAUCGCAUUGCGACGACUUGCAUCUGGGUUCGCGCACACAAUAAUUGGAGAGAUGUUUGGAGUGGGGACAUCGACCGUGUGCAAGAUCACUUGGAAGUUUGUGAAGGCUAUGGAGAAGCGGGCGAUGCAUCACAUGCACUGGCCGAAAGGUGAAGAAAUGGAGCGCGUGAAGGAAGGGUUUCGGAAGGUUCACGGAUUGCCCAAUUGCUGUGGCGCUGUAGAUGUCACGCACAUUGUGAUGGAACUCCAGGUUGGGGAUUCUACAGCAGAGUGGUUCGACCGUGAACAGAACUACAGCAUGGUGGUGCAAGCUGUGGUAGACAGUGAGAUGCGCAUUCGGGAUGUGUUCACUGGAUUGUCAGGUUCUGUGACGGAUUCAGGUGCUCUUCGGAGCUCGGGAUUGUAUAGACGGUGUGAGAUUGGGGAAAUCUUGAGUGGCCCUGUUCAAUUUCUGCAUGGGUUUCCAUUAAGAGAGUACAUCGUUGGGGACGAGGGCUACCCACUUCUACCUUGGUUGAUCACACCCUACACAUCUGACGUGAGCGGCGUGCCCAGCAUUCAGGACAAUUUUAACUACAAGCAUGUAUGUGCUCGUAUGUCGGUGGAGGUUGCCUUCGCGCGGUUAAAGGGAGCAUGGCGUAUACUGCACAAGACAAUGUGGCGGCCGGAUUUGAAGAAGCUCCCUCACUUGAUCCUUUGUUGCUGCUUGUUACAUAACAUCAUGAUUGACAAAGGUGACGACCUCGAAGAUGGAAUCGCCCUCUUUGGUCACCACGAUGAAAAUUACAGGCAACAGAGUGUGAUGUCGGUUCACCCGGAAGGAAUUUAUUUGAGAGACACCCUCGCCAGCCACUUGUUUUUUGAAGCCCAUGGUGUUCAAUGAACACCUAAAUAGAAUUUGCUGGCUGCAGUUGGCAAUGUACAUGUACUCAACUCAGGACAUCACUAGAAUUCAGUGAUCUUUAGACUCUAAAUUCAUUCAAUUUAAUGUAAUCAUCGCUUGUCAUUCAUUUUUGGAUGUGACAGACUAUUCUUCCUGCGCUGAAUUUAGGUCAAGAAGCGAGAAUGACAAUACCACUGCUUUGUUGAAGGAGUGUCAUCAUUCGUGUUUGAGCUCACGAGUAGUGACCUAGCUUCUGUGUAAAUUUAAAUUUGUCACAAGCUGAGACUGCAGUUAGUGCCACCAAAACCUGCGUCUCGUGCAGCGAAGCAUGAUUACAGUAGAAUUAUAAUACAAAAGCGGAUAAACGAAUGUAAAAUUGUUGUACUGAGUAAUAAAUUAUUAUUAAUUUUA